AUGCUGCGCCGCCGCGUGGAUGCGGGGUUGCCGCUGCUCUCCACCGUUGCGGUGCAGAAGCGGUACUCCUUCAAGUACGCAACGAAGCUGCAGCACGACGAGAUGCGGCAGCCCUUCUACAUCCACGAAAAGCGCUACGGUAUCUUUAGCAAUGAGAACAACAUCAAGAAGGCCCGCCGCGGCCUGCCAUUCAUCACGCCGCUUUAUACACGCCACAUGAAUCUCUGGGAGACCGACACGGACGCGAGGAACAACCGCUUCUUCCGCGGCUACGUCUUUGGCCAACGCGAGCUGCACCAGCUGCUGGGCCGCCCGCACGGCUUCGAGGCGGACAACCCCGACGGGAGCAACGGCCUCUCGGGAUAUGAGCAGAGCACCGACCAGCGCUACAAGGGGCUGCCGCGGCCGGCCAUCACAAACUUGCACUACGAGCCGGAGUGGCGCUACACGCUCUACCGCGCUUCCGCACACGGGGCGCAGCUGUCGAACCCGCGCAGCCCGCUGACAGCGGAGGUGCUGGGGGAGGAGCUUGUCAAGCUGCGCGACAUCAAGAGCUUCGAGCACUGCAAGGCGUGGUUCGACCGCCUGCAGUAUCUCAUCAAGCUGCAUUACGACGCGGUGGGAGACAUUGGGGAGUUUAAAUCCCGCCACACGCAGCACGUGCAUGAGUUCUUUGUCGCCUUUCACGACGCGCUGAGCAGCUUCGACUUCCAGGACACAUACCUGCUGGAGCAGUUCAACGCCGCACGCCCGCCGGAGUUGCAGGAUCUCUUUGGCGUAUUCCUCGACAUGGAGGCGAACUACGUGCACGAGGACCACUGCCCCCGCUGCAGCCUGCCGUACAGCACCACACGCUACUGCGGUGAGGGAGACACGAACACGCCGUUUCGGAAGCACCGUGGGCGGUGGGCGCCGCAUCAGCGGUGGGGCCGCGAGUGGUACGCCGUCGUGGCGCGUCGUGCAGAAGCGUUGUGGUACCGCGCAACGGAGGACCCGUACUUCGGCACGCCGCAGCACACGCAACGCCAGGCGGAGGCGCUGCUGCGUGUGUACGUGCAGACCAAGCAGCGCGGGAAGGCCAUCGACUUCAUGAACGUGCUGCGGGGAAGCAAGGAGUUUCUCACCGGAGCCAUCACCAUCACAUCAGGGAUGCAGGAGUCGUACGAUCGCCUCCUCGACACAACGCCGCACCCGCAUCUUCUCACCAACGGCUUCACGCUGGAGAGCAACGCGGCGCGGUACACCGGGGAGGUGCAGAAGGCGCCACUCUCGCCGCUGCAGUUCCGCAUUGACAUGGAGAUGAAUAAAUACCGCCGCCAGCAGAAGGAGGAGGGCGUUGUGCGAGUGCCGCCAGCGCUGUGGCGCCUCGACACGUCUGCGAUUGUCCCGUAUAACGUGGACCCAAAGAGCAAGCGCAUCAUCAACUGGCGCGAGGUGAAGGAGGGCAUUGAAAAGUCCUUCCUCUCGACAGGGCUUCCGAAGGAGGCGUACACCGGCAGCGAGUGGCGGGAGAUGCUGCACCUCAGCGCUGUCAUUGCCGGCCGUGCGGAGAAGGCGGCAGAGCUGGAGCGGCAAUUAGCAGCGGACCGGGCCAAGCUGUCCAGUAACACAAAGGCAACCGCAGGCGGCAGCAGUAGUAGUAGUGGUGGUGGUGGUGGUAGCAUUAUAUUCCCAGACAAGGACGGUUUUCAACUCUUCGACACCACUACGGCCUCAUUGAAACCGUUUGGAGUUAGUCAAUCCGGCGCGGUGUUUCAGGCCAUCGCACCAACGUACCCGACGCCUGCUUCUGUGCCGUAUAACGACCCUGUGCACGGCAAACAGUUCGUGUUCGACACAACACGGGAAGCGUGCCACGUCUUUGGUGGCUUUGAGCACGGUGACCGGCUCCUCAUUCGCGCCCAUGGCACGAGCAACAGCAGCCAUAGUAAGAAUAGUGAGGACGAGGUGGUGGUAGUGGGCGUGAGCAAGGACGGCACCGACGCGGAGUGGCAGCUGUGCGCCAUGUACGCCGACCCGGUUCGGCAGCGAGAGCGUGGACUUGUGCUGCUCGGCACGGACUGUGUCGACAUCCGUGAGCGAUGGGCGUCGCUGCGCUACGCCGCUGGUCCACACGUGAAGGGGCGUGUCACAGUGCUCGAGCCGCAGCGCACCGCACGGGAGGAGUUCAUGGGGCAAAUCGUUGGUGUCCGUGAUGGAGUGCUGUUUGUGCAGUGGCGCCUCCUCAAGGGUGGUGGCAGCACUAUGGACCGCAGCGUCGCAGAGCCUAUUGGCAGUGUGGAACAAGUGCGUGAUGUCUACCGCAUCACGGAGGCGGGUGUGGAGACUCUACAGCACCCGCCGUCGUGGCGCACACCAUUCCGCAACGACUUUGCAGACGAGCGUCUGCAGGAACUCAAGCAGGCACCAUUCAAGAGGGAGAAAUGGGCCUCCCUCAUUCGUGGUAAGUACACACCGAAGCGUAAGCAGUUUGGCUACACGCAGCACACUACUGUAGAUGACUUCGAGACAAAGGAGUACAAGGACCGUCUGCUCUCAAAGCAGUUCUUCCAUAACCCGCAGGCGUUUGAGGUCAUCCCUGACAAGCGUGACCGUUCGGUAAUGUUCGGUGGGAAGUGGGAGUACCAGCGCACACACGGUCUGCCAACAGUGGACCGCAACGAACUGGAGAACGGCUGGAGUGAGGUGGAGCCCGUCUCGGAUGCGGAGAUGCAGGUGAUUGAGCAGGCGGUGCGCGACAUUAGCGGCCGCCGCCCAGGCAAUUUUAUCAAGUCACCCACCAAGGUCAAUGCGCUGCAGCUCAAUGAAAGUUGGUGGCGGCCGUUGGAGUUUGGGUGGGAGCAGCACAAUAAAGAGCAGAAGGCACUUGUGGACGCGACGGAGCAACGGCUCAUUGACGGCGCGAGUCUCCCUUUUGGCGGGAAGAUUCCACCGUUUGGCACGUCCUGCGGCGUUGGCGAGCGUAUACGGGAAAUUGCGGAGGAUUAUGCAAAGGGAUUUGGUCUGGGGCCACACGGGCACUCACCCUCGCAUGACACAAGUCACUUUAAUACCCUCAAUUCGGAGAAUAAGCGUGCGUUGGACCUUGGCUACAAGGACGCUAUUGUUCGCAUGUUUGACGAGAAGCUUGGGGACAAAGACGUGCAUCAGUGGGCGGCGGAGCAGUGUCCCGAUGGGGAGGCGGAUGUGCGGCAGUUGUUGCUCUCGCUGCAUGAGUGGCGUGAGCGAGGCCGCCCACCGUCGCUUCUGCUAUCUCGGGUGCUAUCCAAGUACCUCGAGGGGGAAAUCACGGCGUUCAACAAGGAUGUGCCAGCCACGGUGCCGAAGUUGUCGCUGCAGCUGGUGGAUGGCACGUUGUCACCAUCUGGCAAUGGCGGUGAGCGGAGCGGGACAGUUUGGGCAGAUGUGGACCCUACCGCCUACGCACUGCAGUACGCCAGCGAACGUCGUCAUGGCAGCUCCGAUGAGCCAUUCAUUUUUCACCUGUUGAAGCGCGCCCGGCUGGAUGGACGCAACGUGACUUUCACUGACCCCGUCUACAACGCCCACCUCGAGAGUGCUGUCGUGAGUGAGUUUCAGCUUGCCCUCGCAGCGCUGGUUGGCAAAGGCAUUUCGUCGAGUUUUCUGGCCCAGAAGACCGGCCAGUUGCACCGUGGGUCGGUGCGGUGGAGUGGGAACGUCAUUCCCUUCGUCAAGAGCCGCGAGUUGGCCAAGUUGCUGGAGCGGAUGGGGCUCACUUCAGAGAACAUUGCCGUCGUGAUGCGUGGUUUGGCAAACUGCCCGGAGCAGGAGUCCGUCGGUGAAGAUUUUGCCGUUCCGGUGUCGCUCAUACUUUCAUGGGGCGGUCCUACUUCUGCUGCGGUGACGGAGCGCAAAGGUAACUCCGCGCAGUCGCGACAGGAGCAGCAGCGCAAAGGCUCCGUCGCGCUCUCCAGUGCCCUUAGGCAGUUGGGGCAGCCGCGCGGUACUGCACGUAACUGGCAGAGCGAAGACAAGAUGGUGGUACACGUUCUCGAGGAGCUCGCGUUGCGCAACGAUGGUCUUGUGAUGGACAUUCAGUACGCAGUGCGGGAGAACCGGAGGAAUCCACUGCUGCGGAACGAGUUUUUUGCUGCACUUCUCCCUGUGUUUGGCGGUAACCACGAGAAGGUGUCGCAGUUGUACAUCGAUUACUGCGAGGGAAAAUAUGUGCCGAACAUCACCGUUGCUGUGGAUGCCUUCAUUGCAUUCCUGUACAAUGUCACACAGCACCCGGAUGUGUACCCUGGCAGCACAUACUUUGAGGUGGACAAAACAAGUGGCCCACACGCUGGGCAAUACGCGUCGCUGAAGCUGCUUGACCCGCUCGGCGGUCCAUUUGUGUUUGACAACAUAAAGGCCGAGCACAUUGAGACGGUGGAGCGAUUUAAGCGGCACGGCAUUCUUACCGGGCCGGUGCGCGCCCCCGCGACGGGAUUUAUCGCUGCCAACUGCAAGUCAUUGAAUUACUUCACACGGCGGCCGGAGGAGGUGGUGUAUGUCACCACCGACGCCGAUCAGGGCCUACGCCGCGCGCUGGAAAAGUCGGCACACUACAAACUCAUCGCCGCCAAUCCGGCACUGCAGUUUCUACUAAACGCCCAGCACGGCGCGGGUAUUGUGGCGUCGUUUAACCGCUUCUUCUACCGCACCAUGCCGAUGCUCAGCUUCUACCAGAAGGUGCUGGCAGAAUAUACCGCCACCGUGCAGCCACUGCGGCAGGAGGCUCAGAACAGCGUGCGUGGGUUAGCCCGUGCGCUGGAGAGUGAGCGCUCUACCGCGAUUGAGGAAUUCCGCCGCAACAGCGAACGGUACUGGCGAAACAUAUUGGAGGGGCGUGGCGCGGAGCAAGCGAUGGUUGGUGGUGCUGGUGGCAGUGGCGGUGGGAGGGGAGGAAGUGGCAGCAGCGGAGGCGCCGCGACGUCUCGCGGGGAUGUCGAGACACGUCAGGUUUCAAAGGCGCUCGGCAGCACCGGCGCGGGCGACAACAGAAGAGGUGGACAGCGGCAACAGCAACAACAACAACAACAGCAGCAGAGGCAACAGCGCCAAGCCGAUGGGGAUCGUAGUGGUGUGCACACAACAUUUGCGCCACGCAAGAGCGGCUCNAACAACAGCAGCAGAGGCAACAGCGCCAAGCCGAUGGGGAUCGUAGUGGUGUGCACACAACAUUUGCGCCACGCAAGAGCGGCUCACGCGGCAUGA